AUGCAUCCCGGUCACAGUUUCAGUAAAGCCGAAAAAGAAAUAUUUUUCAAAGUUAUAACGACCGUCGAGUCAGAGAAACAUGGCGUGCCGUCAGGCUAUCUGUACAAUACAACCGAACGUUUACAAAACAUGCUCGGGAUCUCUCAUGGAGCACUCUACAGAUUGAAAAAUGAAAUGCACAAUUUACAAUUACAAGCAACGGCUCACCAACAUCAGUACAGGUCAGCGUUAUGA